CAGGAGGUCACGUGAUAGCGGGCAACCACAGCCGGGAGGAGACUGAGCUGCGCAUCUGAGCAAGCAGACCAGUCCCCAGCUGAGCAUGACAAAAAGACCUGUUUGACCUGGUUUCAGUUGGGAAGAAGAAGGGGGGACUUGGAGUUGUUUUUGAUCAGGACUCCUGGGAGUCCCUGGGGAAGACAGCGGCACUUUGCUUUGGUUUAGAGAUAAGCUACAGAGAGAACAAUGAGGCUCCCCGCACUGCGCCUCUUUCUGGGGCUGAUGAUCUGGACUUUGCUCCUGAAUUCGUCGCUGUUCGGAUCCUGUCAUCCAACGCAGAAUCAAGCUCGGACCACGACCGCGUUGAAAGAGCAGUUCAACAGUUUUGGAGUCGGCUUCAACUGGAGAAACCUCACCUGUCCUGUUUGUAAAGCGCUCUUCACCAUUCUUGAUAUCGCCCUUCUGAGCAGCGUAAACGAAGAGCGGGUGGCACAUGCAGUCAGCGAGGCGUGCAUUCGUCUGCAUCUGGCUGAUGAGCAGGUGUGUCGGAACAUAACGGAGCUCUUUAGAGAUGACUUCAUCAGCGCCCUGCAGCGGUCUUUGCUAUGGCCCACCGAAGCAUGUGCAGUGUUGGUGGGUCCUUCUUGUGGCACAUUUGACAUUUACGCUCCCUGGAACAUCACUUUGCCAAAGGUUCCCAAGCCUCCCGUUACACCGCCCUCGCCUCCAAAACCUGGCUCUCCACAGAGCAGGGUGCUGUUUCUUACAGACAUCCACUGGGACAAGGAGUAUACAAACGGCAGCGCUGCCGACUGCAAGCAGCCUCUUUGCUGUCGCCAAGACUCGGGCGUUCCCAAAUGGAGGCGGAGAGAGGCUGGAUACUGGGGGACCUACAGCAAGUGUGACCUGCCUCUGCGCACGAUCGAGAACCUUCUCGAAAAUGCUGCCAAAGCUGGACCUUGGGACUGGGUCUACUGGACUGGAGACAUACCAGCACACAACGUUUGGUCUCAGACCAGAAACCAGCAGCUGACAGAGCUCACAGUCAUCUCCAGGCUCAUCCACAAGUACCUGGGAGGCAAUGUAACAGUCUACCCUGCAAUAGGAAACCAUGAGAGUACACCAGUGAACAGCUUCCCUCCUCCUUUCGUUCAUGGCAACAGAUCCUCUGCCUGGCUCUAUGAUAAAAUGGCCAAAGAAUGGGCGCUAUGGUUGCCGGAGCAGGCUUUGAAGACUUUAAGAUACGGAGGCUUCUAUACAGUGGAGAUUCAGCCUGGGCUGAGAGUGGUCUCCCUCAACAUGAACUUCUGCGCCCGAGAAAACUUCUGGCUGAUGGUGAACUCAACUGACCCUGCUAACCAGCUGCAGUGGCUGGUUCAUGUUCUUCAGGCCAGUGAGGACAGGGGUGAGAAGGUACAUAUCAUUGGUCAUAUCCCACCUGGCCUGUGUCUAGGUAGCUGGAGCUGGAACUACUAUCACAUUAUCAACAGAUAUGAAAGUACUGUUACCGGGCAGUUUUUCGGCCAUACCCAUCUGGAUGAGUUUCAGAUGUUUUAUGAUGAAGAAACCAGGACUCGGCCAUUAGGAGUGGCUUUCAUUGCCCCCAGUGUCACCACUUAUGUUAAUCUUAAUCCAGGUUACCGCAUCUACUAUGUCGAUGGAAAUUACAAAAACAGCACUCGGCUCGUCCUUGACCACGAAACCUACAUCCUUAACCUCACAGAGGCAAACCACAAUCUAGAGUCACCAGGUAAUCCAGAGCAGAACCCUAAAUGGAGCCUCCUGUACCGGGCCACUGAAGCUUACGGUCUUUCCAGUCUGUUCCCAUCUGAUUACGACAAACUGUUGGGAAUCUUUAUCAGCGAUGACCGCACCUUCCAGAAGUUUUGGUACCUCAGACAUAAAGGACAUGUGUCGGAGUCCUGCAGAGAGGCAUGCAAAACCACAAUGCUCUGCUUUUUGCGAAGUGGACGCUCCAAUGAGCUGGACCUUUGUGACCAUCUCAAUGGUUUUGCUGGAAACUUGGCUCGGGCUGCAAGAAAAACCCUUUGCUGAUAUGAUUAAGGUUGGACUGAAAGACUUGGUAAGGAUGGAAUGGCAAAAUGACCAAACAUGAGCCAAAAAUAAAGUCUUUUUUGCAAGAUGAUCCAAAACAUAGUAAUGGCUUUGCCUAACUUUUCAAAUAUGUGCAAUUGUUUAUGAAGUCCUAUUUGAGUCCACAGAGCUUCUGAGUUUAAUUUCCCCCCCCCCCCCAACUUUAUUUUGGGCAGCAGGUCUUGGAUUUACUAAAUGUUAUGCAAAGUCUGCAUAAAAACGCUCUGAAACAUUUUAUGUUUACUUGAAAUGCACAGAAUAGUAGGCAUUACUGUACUGCAAUCGUUUUAGUUCUAGUUAACUGGGUGCCUUUUCUCAGGGAAUGGGUAAACGCGUCAAUCCUUAGGCGCAUUAUAGCUGCUUAAAUUCUCUCCAAAAUUUUACAUUUCUUGAAAUCUGUCAGUUCACAUUGUGAGACGCAGCUGAUAAAGCUUGCAUACAAAUGGAGGACGGUUCAUUGUAGCAGUAUUAGCAUUUCCUAAGAUUCAAUGAUUGUAAAAUGAUUUUAACCUGGAACUGUCAAAUUCGGAGUAAAUGUUUUAUUAUUACCAUUGUGUUUUAAAAUGCCAUCCAUAAUUUUAACCAUAAUAUUCCAUUGAGAGAUUUACUUUUGUUUGCACUUUGACUAUAUGCAAUAGCAAUUCUAAUAAACAAAUGUAGACAUAACUAGUAAUAGUGAUGCAAUUUGUAAAACAUGCCAUAAAUUGAGUGAAUGCAUGGCUGUAAAAAUAAAUACGUUUUGGUCUA